AGCGCCAUGACAUUCAUUCCGAAUGACACUGCGGCGCGCAGUCUCGUAGUCGUACAAUGUGUACUGAGUGUUUUAUUUAAGUGAAUAAUCAAAGUUGUAACUGUAUGAUAUCAUAUUUAAGAACUUAUUAACUAAAACUUGACAAGGGUCUUUAUAAAAAACUGUUUAAAAUGAUCGGGGUCACUUUAAUGGUAUUGACCUUAUUAACAAAUCAUGUUGAAUCAGCAAAUAUUUUAUACAUUAUGCCUUUUUCGGCUAUGUCCCACUAUAUAUUUUUAAGGUCAAUUGGAGUAGAAUUGGCUCAUAGAGGACAUAAUGUAACAGUUAUAACGACACACUUAGAAAAAAAUCCGCUGCCUAACUACCAUCAGGUGAAAGUGGUUGAUAAAAUAUUGUGGGAUCUAAUUGAGGGUGGAGCACCGGACAUCUUUGAAAUGGCAGAUUUAUCUGCAGAAGAAUUUCAUAAAAGAAUACUUUGGCCAGGUGGCAUUGCUUUCACAGAAGUUGCACUAAAUUCACCAGAAGUAAAAGAGUUUUUAAAGAAAGACAACACAUUUGAUUUAGUUUUAUGUGAACAAUUUUUCCAAGAAUCCAUGUAUGCACUAUCAGUCAAGUAUAAUGCGCCCUUAGCCAUAAUUACCACGUUUGGAAACUGCAUGAGGCACAAUAUUAUAACACGCAAUCCCCUUCAGCUAGCCACAGUGUUGUCCGAAUAUUUGGAUGUAAAUAAUCCUGAAAGUUUUUGGGGCAGACUGAGGAACUUCUAUUUUACCACUUACGAAUAUAUUUGGUGGAGAUAUUGGUAUCUGGACAAACAAGAGGAGCUGGUUAGAAAAUACCUGCCAGAGCUUGCUGGUAAAAUUCCAAGCUUAUAUGAUUUGCAAAAGGAUGCUUCCCUAAUGUUGAUCAACAGCCACUUCAGUUACGAUACACCUUCUGCGUUGUUGCCAAACAUUGUUGAAAUUGGCGGAGCUCAUCUUUCAAGAAGUAACGCCAGCCUCCCAAAAGAUCUCCAAAAGCUGUUAGAUGAAUCUAAGCACGGAGUGGUGUACGUUAGCUUUGGCUCCAACAUCAAAAGUGCUGAACUGCCUGAAGAGAAGAAGAAAGCGUUUUUAAAUGUUUUCAAGCGACUGAAACAGACUGUUUUGUGGAAAUGGGAAGAAGAUGAAUUAGAUGAUAAACCAGAAAAUGUGGUAAUUCGUAAAUGGUUACCCCAAAAAGAAAUUCUCGCUCAUCCUAAUAUCAACGUGUUUAUCGCACACGGAGGAUUAAUAGGUAUGCAAGAAGCAAUAUUUAAUGGAGUGCCUGUUGUUGGAAUCCCAAUCUACGCCGAUCAGUACAACAAUUUACUUCUUGCUCAAAAAGCGGGUGUGGGAAAAAUAUUACCUUACCAUGAUAUAAAUGAAGAAACCGUAGGUACAAUUUUAAGUGAUAUCCUAAACGAUGAUUCUUACUUGAAAAAGGCUAAAGAAUUGCAACAAAGAUGGCAGGAUAGGCCAAUGAGUCCAAUAGAUACUGCAAUGUUUUGGUUGGAAUAUGUUAUAAGAAAUAAAGGUGCCGAAUACAUGAAGAACCCAGCGAGAAAUAUGAGUUGGUUUGCGUACAAUAUGAUGGACGUCUAUGCUUUCAUAUUAGCAAUAUUUGUGAUGGCUUUAGUUAUUUUAGUAAAAGUUAUACGUACUGUUAUAAGUGUCUUAUGUGGUCCUCAGUUGAAAGUAUCCACUAGAAAAAAACAUUCGUGACGUGUUUUGGAUAAAAUUGCUUGGAUAUUAGCUGGGAGAUAAUUGGUCGGCUUUCAGUAGAUAUCAAAUAAAGAUGUAAUAAAGUAGUUCGUAAGUUUUGUCAAAUUCAAAACUAUAUUGUAGUAGACGAAUUUCAUAGAAGAAUACUUUGGCCGGGCGGCAGUGCUUUCACAGAGGUUGUAGAUGUAAUAUCUGCAACUCAAAAACUAGAGCUGAUCAAAAAAUUCUAAUUAAGUAUAACUAUAAUUGAACUUAAAAUACCAUAAUAUAUGUAGAUAGUCAGCAACUGCAAAAAUUUUCUCGGCAACAGGCAAAAAUUAAAAUUUUGUAAACUAAUAAUUAUUAUUAUUAUAAUUAUGCGAAAUUGGUCAAGAAUAAAUCAGUAUAAUAUCCAA